CCGAGAGAUCUUAUCCAGACCAAAUCUCCCCAACCCCAUUUCACUACCAGUCACCAAAACCAACGAUCACUCAAAAAAACAAAACAAUUUUAAAAAAAAAAAAAUUGAGAAAAAGUAAGCGACUACACAGAGAAGAAGAGAGAGAGAGAGAGAGAGAGAGGGGGAGAGUAGUAGUACCGUAGCAUGGCCAUCGCAGUCCCAAUUCCCCACUCCUUCCCCUCCACCACCCUCAACCCCUCCCUCCGAAUCCACCCCCACACCCACCGCAAUCGCCCCCCUCCGCUCCCCCUCCCCCUCCCCCUCCCCCCUCGCGCCUCCGCCGACCCCGGCGACGCCUCCGGCGACUCCUCCGACGAACCCUCCGGCGACUCCUCCGCCGCGUUCGAGAGGCGGGUGUCGCAGGUGCGCCUCAAGUACCGGAGCGGGAGCGGCAAAAAGGCGGAGCAGCGCCGCGCCAAGAAGUCGGGCUCGUCGUCCCCGACGAGGAAGGGGAAGGGGAAGGGGAAGGGGGUUUUGCUGCCCCCGGCGCCGCUCCGGGAGGCGGUGUCGGCGGGGGGCGUCCCCGUGGAGGUGGGCUUCAGCCGCUACAGCGAGCGCCUCAACGGGCGCGUCGCGGCGCUGGGCCUCGCGGCGCUGCUCCUCGUCGAGCUCGGCUCCGGCCGCUCCAUCCUCGCCUACCACCCGGCCCCCGUCCUCUUCCUCCAGCUCUACUCCGUCGCCGCCGCCGCCGCUCUCUUCGUCAAGUUCGAGAAGGAGCGCAUCAGCAUUUGGCCCCAAAACAAACCCCCCUCCUCCGCCGCGAAUUCCGAACCCUAACUUUAAUUAAUUUCUUCACAUUUUCCGAUUUUUUUUUCCGCCCCGGAGUUUGUUAUUGGAUUUUUUUUGUUAUCAUUAAUUAAUCAAAUAUGUAAUUUCGUGGGUUUCGUAGUUUAUGUGGACUAGAAAAUAGAAAAUCAUCUUUCCGGAUAAGGAGUU